AUGACAGAACCAACCAGCCUUUCUGCAGGUUCAGUACAGAAGAAAGAGAGUGUUGCCACACAGCUGAUGAAGCGUAAAAAGGAAGUUGGUGUCACUUCUGAGGAACUUGCUUCAGCAAAUGCAGCUACAGACCAGAAAGAGCAAGCUACAUCUGAAGUAAGUGAAGACUAUGCGUACAGAAGUAGUGGGAGACCUGAGGAGACAGACAUGAUUAAGUCACUUGUGACAGAUCAAGAUGCAUCUAGAAACUGUGAACUAUAUCUACCUGUGCCUAGUAGUUGUCCAGCAGUGGAGUCAUCUGAGGAGAGUGAGGAGGACAUGUAUCGAGAUGCAGAAGAAAUAGAGAGAGAGAAAAUGCUACUUUGUCAGACAAACUCCUCAGAAUGUAAACUAAGUGUUGCCCCUGAAAUGGACAUCAUGGAGUAUUGCAGAAGAGAAUGGAGAGGAAAUACACCAGUAGCAAAAAGGAUGAGAAAGGGAUAUGAAGCAGUUGCUCAGAAGUUUGCAUCUAUAAGGAGAAUACGAGGUGAUAACUAUUGUGCUUUCAGAGCAACUCUUUUCCAGGCAUUGAGUCAAUCUACUGAGCUACCAAGCUGGCUGCAGCGUGAGGAUUUUACUAUGCUUCCUGAAAACUUGCUGAGCAAGUAUGACUGGAUCAAGCACUGGCAGCUGAAAGAGAAACUGGGCAGAAAGAUGGGAGAAAUAAGUGAUGAAAUUAAAGAGUAUUUAAUACUUCUAAGGAAAAAGUGGAAGAGUGUAAGUGAAAUCAAGAGUUCCAUUGAGAAACAAGAAGCUUGUGAUGAAUUGUUUAAAAAUGAAGAGGAGGAGUAUAGUCUCUAUGAAGCACUGAAAUUUUUGAUGCUUAACACUGCUAUUGAAUUAUACAAUGAUGAUAAAAAUGGAAGGAGAGUGCCUGUCUUCUCCUGGUUACUGUUUGCACGGGAUACAUCUAGCAACCCUUGCCAGCUAAUGCAUAAUCACUUGAAUCACAUUGGGCACAGUGGAGGCCUGGAACAAGUGGAAAUGUUCCUUCUUGCUUAUGCUCUGCAAUAUACCAUCCAAGUGUAUCGACUCUAUAAAUACAGCACUGAUGAAUUCAUCACACUUUACCCCAAUGACCCGGAGGAGGACUGGCCUGUUGUGACUCUCAUAACUGAAGAUGACAGACAUUAUAAUAUUCCAGUCAGAAUGUGCCAAGAGACAACGCUGUAAACAAGAGAUUUUUGGCAGACAAACCUGUGUUGCUUAUUGAGGUUUCCAGUGCUAUUUUGAAACAGCACAAUGACAAAAGCUGCAUUAUUGAAUCUGCAACAACUUGAAAUCUGUG